AUCGUAAUCUCUGACUAAUCAUAAAGAGCGCCGAGAGUCUGUUUGGCAACCGCUGCCUUUGCAAUAACUAAACACAGAGCAGAGUCCCUGCCUCAACUCCUCGAUAUUCACUCAACUACAGAAAGAAGAUGGAGUACCUGCUAGCAGCAGCAGCCGUGACUUCGCUCGUGAUUGCGUAUCUGAUCCGCCGCGCACGCGCGCUGUCGCCGCUCGAGAAAUCGCUGCUCGCGGAUCCGCUACUCGGCGACUCGCCGCUGACUGUUCGCGACAGCGAGAUCGAGACGAUCGAGCACCACCUUCCCUCACGAGCAGGAACAGUACCGGUGAAGGUGCGGGUGGUGCAUGUGAAGGGGACGACGACGCGGAAUCCGCAUCCGGCGAGACUGCCUGCGUUUGUGCUUGUGCAUGGGCUGGGAGGCCAGCUUGCGCAGUUUGACGCGCUGGUUGAUUUCUUUGCGUAUUACGCCGACGUGCUCACGCUUGAUCUUCCGGGUCACGGGGGUGCGCCUGUCGAUGGCAAGUUGUCCGCGGACGUGUACACGACCCCCUCGAUUGCGCGGUUGGUGGUCGAGACUGUGAAUCAGAAGCUGGGGAGCGAGCGCGACGUCGUGCUGGUCGGCCACUCGCUCGGCUGCGCGGUCGUGUGCCGGAUCGCGGCGUCGGGCGAGUUAAUGCUCGCCGAGCGCGUGCGCGGCGUGGUUGCGAUCUGUCCGCCCGCGCCGUUGAGCGCGGGCGCGAAGCGCAUGCAGAAGCUCGCGCCGUGGAUACCCGCGGGGGUGUUUGAUGUUUUCAGGUACUCUGAUCGCAAGGGCGGGUUACACUCGCCGUCGGUGUCGCGCAUGCUGGGUGUGGGCGCGGGGGAUGAAGAUGAGGAUGAGGAUGAGGAUCGGGUGUUGAGGCGGCGGCAGCUGCGGUGGAAUUUACAAGUCAACACGGCGGUGUGGUUGCGGAUGGCGGCCGGGGCGCGCGUGCCGGAGCUUGAGGAUUGGCAGCGCGUGCGGGCGCCGUGCUGUUUUAUCGCGGGGGAGGCGGAUAAAGUGACGCAUGCCGCGAACGCGGUGCAGAUCGUUGACGCGAUGCGGUCCGCGCGGCAGGCGGAGGGGGACGACACGGCGGUGCGGAUCACGGUGAUUCCGCGCGCGGGACACAUGUGUCUUGUUGACCGGCACCAGUUAGUCUGCGGGAUCAUCAACGACUUCAUCGUCGACUGCGUCGACGAGCGGUUGUCGCUCGGGUGGCAGCUCGCGGACCUGGCGACGAGGGACGAUAAGUGGAGUUUGAAGAACGAGGCAAAGUGGCGGUCGAUUGAUGCGGUUUCGGAGGUUGUGGGCGGGGGGUCGGGCAUUCGGGCGAUGAAAACGCUCAGGCAGGAUGACGCGGAGCAGAACCCGACGAGCUUGGAGGAACGGUAUAGAGAUAUAACCGACAUCAUCGACAUCUCGCGUGAUCUACCGCCGUACGAUCCCGCGACCUUCAAACGGAUCCGCUACCACAAAUUCCCCACCGUCUCCAAAAUCCCGCCGUCCCGACAACAAGUCGACGAGUUCAUCGCGCUAGUCGACUCGCUCGAGUACGACCCCACCACCGGCGCGCGCAACGCGAACGUGGUCGCUGUGCAUUGCCAUUACGGGUUCAAUCGGACCGGGUUCUUGAUUUGCUCGUAUCUCGUGCAGAGGCUGGGCGUCCCGGUGCGGGACGCGGUCGAGUAUUUUAAAGUGGCGAGGCCGCCGGGGAUUAAGCAUCCGCAUUUCAUCGACGAGCUGUAUGUGAGGUAUACCUUGUAGUUUUUAUCGUUUUGUGUAUUUUGUAUUGUUUUCUGGCGUUGGUUGGUAGA